GCGGAGUUCCGGUCGUCCAUUCCAAGCUGCGGCUGAUUGUGAGUCGUGUGUGGUGCCAAUUGGGGCUGGUUGCUGAGUUUUACUACCUUUGGAUGCUGCUAUUGAUAUGGAGAAGAUUGAGGAACAAUUUGCCAGUCUGCACAUUGUUCAACGUUCCUCAGGAGCUAAAGAGCCCACUUACCUGCUUGGCAUAGACACAUCAAAGACAGCACAAACAGAAAAGGGAAGCUUGGUUGCCGUUUUAUGUUCUAACGGAUCAAUCAGGAUAUAUGAUAAAGAAAGAUUAAAUGUACUACGAGAAUUUAGUGCAUAUCCUGGACUUCUUAAUGGAGUCAAAUUUGCUAGUUCCUGUGACCGUGUAUACUCAGCAUGUAGCGAUGGCACUGUGAAAUGUUGGGAUGCUCGAUUAGCCAGUGAUAAACCUGUUCAGCUAUUCAAGGGAUAUCCUUCCAAUAUUUUUAUUAGUUUUGAUAUCAACUGUAAUGAUCAUAUCAUUUGUGCUGGUACAGAAAAAGUUGAUGAUGAUGCAUUAUUGGUAUUUUGGGAUGCAAGAGUUAAUUCUCAAGAGUUGUCUACUACUAAAGACCCACUUGGUGUGUAUUCAGAGACACAUAGUGAUGAUAUCACUCAAGUAUGUUUCCAUCCGAGCAAUCCCAACAUGAUCGUCUCAGGUUCAACUGAUGGCCUGGUAAAUGUAUUUGAUAUUAGUAUGGAUAAUGAAGAGGAUGCAUUGGUUACAACCUGUAACUCAGUUUCAUCAGUGAGCUAUAUUGGUUGGUCUGGGAAGGAUUAUAAACAGAUUUACUGCAUGACACAUGAUGAGGGAUUUUGUUGGUGGGAUCUUAAUCAUCUGGAUACUGAUGAACCAGUUACACGUUUGAACAUCCAGGAUGUCAGAGAAACAGUCAAUGUGAAAGAAGGCAUUUUGGACUAUUUGAUUGGUGGCCUGUAUCAUGAGAGGAUGGACAGUUUGUUUGUUAUUGGAGGAACCAACACAGGAAGAAUUCACAUAAUGAACUGUACUACAUCAGGAUUGGUCCAUGUGACUAGCCUUCGAGGAGGGCAUGCUGCUACUGUCCGUUCUUUCUGUUACAACAUAGGGGAUGAUUCUUGGCUGACUGGAGGAGAAGAUGCUCAGUUGCUACUUUGGAAACCUGGAGCUAUAGAAAAGACCUUCACCAAGAAAGAUAGCAUGAAAAUAGCAUCCACUGUGCACCAGCGAGUACGAGUUCACAGUAAUGAUUCUUAUAAGAGAAAGAAAAAGCAGUGAUAUUAUAUUAGAAGUAUACUUGGUAGAUUUUAUAAUUUCAAGUAAUUAUUUUAAUUUGCUACCUGUGGUAGAUCUGUUUAAAGCUUUAGGUAAAUAUAAGCCCAUUAGUGAGCAGUUCUGGAAAAAUGUUGAAAAAAGUAUAAUUCAGGUCUUCAUGCAUUCUAAAAAAUUUUAAAACCAUGACUUGAGUAUAAAAUCAGUGAGUUGAAAGUAAAAUUACAUUCUUCAUUUUAAAAACCCGUCUGUUGAGUUAGUGUAUGGGUUUAAAGAAAUAGCUAUGGUAAGGACUUUCAAGAAGUAGAUAGCUGGUGAGAUUUAAUAAAAAAAAAGUUUCAACUGUG